UUCAUUCGUUUGCCGAGUUGAUGACGUGGCAAGAAGGUGCCGGAAGCACGGCUGCCGCUCCAAAAAAUGGCUUACCAGACAAUCCGACAGGAAUAUUUACAGAUUCCUGUGGUCACUAGAUCUUACGCCACCGCUUGCGUCCUCACUACAGCCGCCGUGCAACUAGAGCUCAUCACACCAUUCCAACUUUACUUCAACCCAGACUUAAUAUUAAGGAAUUAUCAGGUAUGGCGGCUUAUAACCAACUUUUUGUUUUUCGGUCCGGUUGGGUUCAACUUCUUAUUCAACAUGAUAUUUUUGUACCGGUACUGUCGAAUGCUGGAGGAGGGGUCUUUCAGAGGCAGGACCGCUGACUUUGUCUUUAUGUUUCUCUUCGGUGGCCUUCUCAUGACAAUAUUUGGCACAUUUGUUAAUCUUGUGUUCUUGGGCCAAGCUUUCACCAUAAUGCUGGUGUACAUAUGGAGCAGACGCAACCCAAACGUACGCAUGAAUUUCUUCGGCCUUUUGAAUUUCCAGGCGCCCUUCCUUCCAUGGGUGCUCAUGGGAUUCUCUCUGCUGCUGGGAAACUCCAUCAUUGUGGACCUUUUAGGUAUUGCAGUGGGACACGUUUAUUUCUUUCUGGAGGAUGUGUUCCCCAAUCAACCCGGUGGUGGCAGAUGGCUGAAGACUCCUUUCUUUCUCAAAAUGCUCUUUGAUACACCAGAGGAAGAUGCCAACUAUAACCCUCUCCCUGAAGAGCGUCCCGGAGGUUUUGCCUGGGGAGAGGGCCAGCGACUUGGAGGAUAGAUCCAGCGCUAUAGUGCCUGCCUCUUACCGGACAUCUUUGAGAACAAGGAAAACUUUUUCCUUUUCUUCAACUUGUUUCUCUUGUGCUGUACAAAAAAACAGGAGCUCCACUCACAGAGCUAUAGAUGGAGACUUGCAGUUUGUGUGCACGGAAAUUAUAUCCCUCAAAAUGUCUGAGACCCGGAGGGCUCCUCUGACUGCGCAAACGUGUUUAAAACGGAACGGACUUUUGAUAUAUUGCUGUUGCCAUUUUUGUCCUGUGCAACAGUCAUUCCAAGUGGAGCAGCAUUGCAAGAAAAAAAACUGGAUAGACACAAGGACAGCUGUAAUUUUACUUUUUUUUUAAAUUUAAAAAUAAAUGUAUGGUCAAAAAUAA